GGCUGCCCUUCCCACUCUCCUCGGGCGACACGAACGCCGUUCUGUCGACCAAUUUCGCGAUCGGCAAGCCGGCGGUGUUCUUCACCUCCAGCUUCUAUCGCUUGUCGGUGAUUGAUGUCAAUUACCGCUGGGAUUACGAAAACGCAGGGAGAAUUCGGGGCUUUCUGAUGCCCGAGCCGGCCGCUGUGCAUGAAACGUCUGGCACCAGCCCCGUGCUGAAGAAGAUGAAGUCGAUCUUGACAAAUUACAAAAAGCAGGACUCGUUACUUAGUUUCACCCCGUACGAGGACGCCCUGAUGGACAUUUACUCCAUUGGCCGACGGCAAGCAACGCCCUCACGGCGGCCGGGCAGCCCGCGGCGGCAUUUGCCACAGUACAUGGCGUUGGGGGAUUUCGCGCAAGCAAGAAUUUUGUCGGCGUCAGCCGUCCAGAUCGACACACUGCAGCACGACUACCUGCUGGAAAAGGCCCACGCGGAGUUUCUAGACCGAGAGGACGACGAGCGGAGAAAGCUCAGUAGUGGUGGAACAUCAAGUGCUACUGGAACAAAUGUCACUUCUGAACAACAAGCGAGUGAAGACGAACUGAUCGAUGGGAAGAAUUUCCACGAGGCGACGCAAUUGUUCACUGCUAAGUGGCAGUAUCAUUGGCACCUUUGCGCGCUCGGCGGAGGCAUGCCGCAACUUGUGCACCACGUCUGGCUUGUGGCGAAGAACGUGUGUCAGCUGAUCCUGCACAGCUGGGGUUCCUACGAGCAGCAGCGGAUUGGGAACGCCGCAACACCCCGCAUCCACCGCAUGGCGCCGAACGUGAAGCGCGUGGCGAUCGAGCCCUGGCGGGGGUACGGAGGUUGGGAACAGGGAGAUAAAAAUGACACAUCAACAUCAAGUCAAGACGACAAGAUCAUCGGCCGCUUGCUCCUUGAUACGGGGAUUGCGGGGGGAAAUCCGGACAACCUCGUGCGGGACUUGCGGAACGUGUCGUGGAUGAUACCGAGAACGGGCUUUCAACAGGAGGAGGGCGCACUUGAUAAAAAUCAUGCUCAGGAAGAACAGUCCCAAGAAAACACUACAAGCAAAAAUGAAACCACGACGCUUUUCCGGACCAACAACGUUGUUGAGAUCUUGCCCAGAGAGAGGCUUCCGGCCGCCUUGCGGUCGGACAUUGCCGCAGUGCCAGUUCCCGGGCAAGCAGACUGGCGGGACCACUUUUACGUGAAACUGAUCGACAAAGCAAGCGGACAAUUUCAGAUCAGGAACGACACGCUCUGGGUGCGGGCGGGCUUAAUUGAGGACCGCAUCUCGAGCUUCAACCUCGCUGGGAAUGAAGACGAAGUAGAAGAAAUGCUGGCAGCGGAAAAAGAGCGUGAAGACCACCCGCAGUCUGAUCUCGCAAGUGACCAGACCGACAACCAAGAUCAGGCCAAAAAUGGUGUAGUUGCAAAAGAUGUUGAAGAAGUAGAAAGCGACCAGCUCGAGAAAUCAGCUAUGUCCAAGUUCCUGAUCGAGAACGCAGUUGUUUUCGGCUCGGGUAACACGAAUGGAAUCGUUGCUGUCAUCUGGCCAUCGAUCCAGGGCUGGGAGGUGCACGCGAAACUUCUCGAGAACAAAUGUGUCGAUCGCGAGAAGUUCUGGCUUAAAUACGUGCAGACCGCGGUGGCCCGGGGUGACAAAAGUUUUCCUUCGCACGAGAUCCCCAUCGCGGUGGCGAUUUCUUCGGAGCCUUGGGAGUACCGCCCGCGGACGAAGCUGCGAGAGGCGCUGCGCAUGGCAUUUUUUGGCAUCGCGAACAAGGCGCUGCCAGAAAGCGUCGACUACUCGGAGUUGCCGUUGAAGAAGGCGAAAAGCAUUUCAAGCGCUACUGAAGGCGCGACUUCAUCAUCAUUCUGGCCAGUUUCGGCACUGGACGACGAAGGCACAAAGUCGCACACACCAGAACUACAGAUGGGCCUCGUGGGACAGCCGAUCUUCCAGGACCGCUUCGGAUCCUUCGACCGGUUUUUUGCGUAUCCGAUCGCGCGCUUGCAGAACACCGACGCAGCGGCACUGGCCUACAGGUCCUGGUUCGAUCUGGUUUCGGUUCGGGCGACCCUCCGAAAGGAGGUGGCGGAGUUUUGGAACGAUGCGAAGCAAUUCCAUUUUGUGCAGGAACGAAUCGGCACCGUGUGCAACGUCUACCACGAAGAGCACGCGAUGCUGUGCACGAAGCACACCUCUGCGCUGAACAAGGAGAAGAACGCUGAGGCUAAAGACCAGGGUUCUUUCGAUGAGGACCCGGCGCCUUUUACCGAAGUAGCUGCCCGCACCUUUGUCGUCGACGCGUUGCUGGGCUGCGUUCCAGCAGGAGCAGAAAGAAAGUUCUCUUUUAGCUCUUGCCUUUUGCGAGACUCCAGCGAAAUUGGGCUAUUGCGGGAGCCGCACCGGACGGGCAAGCCCGUGACGGCGGAGACCACUACUGCAGACCGACUCGAGCGGCUCGACGAGGUACCAUUUCACUUCUGGGAUCUGUUGGGAGGCGGAGACAGCAAGAUUGAAAAUCGGAACAAGGGAGCACUCGCAAAUUCGUUUUCGUACCUGCAGAAGGUGCAGACGUUAGACGCUGCUGGUCGGCUCCUCUUCUUGACUGCGGUCCAGGACGAAAUCGAGUUUCUGUACGAGACGAAGGACGUCUGGUUGGAGGUUAUUCCGCUGAAGAUUCCGAGCCUCGGCCGCCUUUACCGCCUCGGCGAGGCGGUGCGCAUCCGUCUGGAAAACGCGCGCCGACUCUUUGCAGCUGGUAGUGUAAUUGGGGCCGCGAAGACCACAAGUGAGUCGACCAGGAUUUUGGGACAGACGAAGCAAUUUCUGUUGAGCAGUUUACUCGAGGAUGAUCAUGGUCAUCCACGAGGCCAGCAUGAGGACCAAGAAAACAAAAGAGCGGCUCAAGUAGGGCUGUACAAGAAAAUCAUGAAACUCUGUUACCCUGAAUGGCAUCCACGCACGGAGAAAAUUAUCGCCAAAUCUUCGGGUACAGUCCGUGGUCAGAGAUCAGGUGUAGAGAAAGUGAACAGCACGACCGGCAAAAACAACAUGACAAAUAGCACUUCUGCAGCCACUUCGCGUGAGGACCAACAGCUGCAGCGGGUUUUCCAGCUGCGCUACGAAAGUUUCGAUGUGGAGAACGGAGAGUACCGGAAGCAAACGGCGCGCAUAGUCGACGAACAUCCUUUUGGCAGCACGGAACCCGGAGCCACGAUUGGCGUCCUUCCCCUGCAAAAGGGCAUCGUGUUCGAUCGAAGACUGACGAAAAGUAGCAAGGCGGCAGCGGGAAGCAGCGGUCGUUCUAGUGAAGCAGAUUCAGAAGCGACCGAAAUAGCAAACCAGGCGCGGGAUGAAUGCACUGCGGCGGGAACGGACGACACGCGAUGCGCGGGAGAAGCGAAGAAUGCAGACACCAUGCACACUGAUCACGAUGUGCUCGCGGAAUUGUGAAUGGUUGCUCACAAGAAUGCAUCAUCUCAUCGAAAAAGUUUUUAAAAGGAAAUCCAUCUGCGUUCCAUUUAUGAUGGAGUCACCAAGUGUAAAAUGUACCGACUUUCAACUUUCUUGUUGAACUUGAAUUGUACGAAGAAAUUUUUGUAGAUCUUCUCUGCCUGUGUAAGAUGCAAAAGAUGACAACCAAAAGUAGAGGAAAGAAGAACAGUGAUGAUCCUGUGCUGAGGCCACUUACGCAAUUGAUCCCAGGCAAGUCCUCUUGUGAAUGAAG